CUCCUGAUUGGCUUUACUCAAGUGUACGUCAGUGGAAAGAAUGUGAAAAUGGUCUGAAGACGAGUCAUCGUCUGUAUUCUGCUUUUUCCACGAAAGCCGGCGUCAUCGAUCGCCGCCAUAUUGACCUCCACUCGACCGUCUCACCGAUGCUGCCGGAACGAUGCCCCGACUGAAAGGUGCAACUGUAUCGGACCAGAUAGUGCGCAAGCGAAAACGAAAGCCCCUCGAAGAUGAAGUAUCAUUGCAAGAGACAACGACCCCGGCCGCCGCACAACCAUUGGGGGCGCUAGAUUCGAGCUCGACCAGUACAACCGUACCUACAAAGACGACCGAUGGCGGAAAAAAGCCUCGAAGAACCACAAAAGCGAAUAGUGGAGGGGGGGAGCCCGCACUCGCUCGCCAUGGCUCCUCGACUGUCGUUGAGUCGUCUAUCCCAUGGCCGGAGCACUACACGAGGCUCGCCCAGACACAUCGCGCCCUCAACCUUGUCUACACAUUCUGCUGCACUCGGAAGCACCUCGCCACGACUUUCGACAAUCUCAAAUCCACGGUGGAGGGGCAUAUAAAGCGAGAGUUGGUAAUUGAGGACGUGGCUCAGAUAGCAGCUUUGGUUCCUCGAUCGAUCAACUUCGAAUACGUGGAUGAAGCAAUGCUGCAAAUCAAUCUCAUGGGAUCUGAGGAGAACAUAAGUGGGAAGCGGGCCAGAGAGUUUGCUAUUGUGGAUCCUUCCGAGAUGGAUAAGAAUGAGCACAAGGCGGUGCUGCUGUUCGAGUUCAUCGAUGGUGACCUUAAGCGUCAAGUACAACAUGCCAAGACCGGAGAGCCUACAAAAGUGACUCAGAGACUCAGGAAUGAAGAUCUGAAGAUGCCAGUCUACAGUCAGAAACAAAUGAUGAAGUUGAUCGAGAAGCGAAAUAACAAGUUUACCUCAGCGGUGAAUGCGUUUCUGAACCAAUGCGCUGAUGAUGACGUGGAUUCAGUCGAAAAGCUUAAGGAGAAUGCACUGGCUUUCGUGCCGAUGCCCCCGGAGAGCCGAGCGAACACUCCCGGGCCGGAGAGAUCGCGACUACCCCUAACAAUACCGAAGGAGCGGAAGUCAAUACCUGAAAUUGUCGACGAAAUCAAGACGCUAGAAUGGUAUACUGGACAGAUCGUUCCGGACGGGCAUCGAGUCUUUGAUCCACAGCCUCCUAUCUAUGGCGAGUUGAACUUUCAACUAUCACAAGAUAUGGUUAAUGCUCUGUAUAACACGCGGAACAUCACUCAGCUGUACGCUCAUCAAGCCGAAGCCAUCAAUAAUCUAUACGGCGGCCAUAACGUGAUUGUCUCAACCUCCACCAGUUCUGGAAAGUCACUGAUCUAUCAAAUACCCGUUCUACAUCAACUCGAGCAAGAUAUCAACACUCGCGCUAUGUAUAUUUUCCCGACUAAAGCGUUGGCCCAGGAUCAAAGGCGAAGUUUGAAGGAGCUCCUGCGAUUCAUGAAUAGUCUCCAGGAUAUCGUUGUCGAGACAUUCGAUGGGGACACACCCAUGGCCGAAAGAAAUUACAUCCGAGAUGAGGGGAGAAUCAUCUUUACGAAUCCAGACAUGCUUCAUAUUACAAUUUUACCGCAUGAGGAAGCCUGGCGAACAUUCCUCCAGAACCUACGUUUCGUAGUAGUUGACGAAUUGCACGUUUACAACGGUCUUUUUGGUUCCCACGUCGCCUUCAUUAUGAGACGUUUACGAAGGAUUUGCGCCUCCGUGGGAAAUCGGCAUGUAAAAUUUAUUUCCUGCUCUGCUACUGUUGCAAACCCCGAAGAGCAUAUGAAGACGAUCUUUGGGGUGGAAGAAGUCAGGCUGACCGACUUCGAUGGCUCUCCAUCGGGGAGGAAAGAAUUCUUGUGUUGGAACACGCCUUUCAAGGACCCAGGUGACCCUACUUCAGGAAGAGGAAACAGCUUGGAUGAAUCUGCAAAACUCUUCUGCCAGCUCAUUCUUCGAGGAGUCAGAGUCAUCGCCUUCUGCCGGAUUCGAAAGCAAUGCGAAGCGCUCCUAGCAGCUAUCAAAACUGAGUUGACGAAUCUCGAGAAACCAGAGGUAAUAGCACGAGUGAUGUCCUACCGAGGCGGAUAUACUGCUCAAGACCGACGACAGAUUGAGAGAGAAAUGUUUGAUGGCAAACUCAUUGGAAUCGUUGCCACGAACGCAUUGGAGUUGGGCGUCGAUAUUGGCUCUUUAGAUGCUGUUAUUACAGCCGGAUUUCCCUAUACCAUCGCAAACCUCCGCCAACAGAGUGGCCGAGCCGGUCGGAGAAACAAAGACUCCCUUUCUGUGCUCGUUGGAGACUGCUUCCCCACCGACCAGUACUAUAUGACGAAUCCGGAUGAGAUUUUUACUAAGCCGAACUGUGAACUGCAAGUUGAUAUGGAGAACGUGCUUGUGCUCGAGGGGCAUAUUCAAUGCGCAGCCCACGAGAUGCCUAUUAAUAUGGAAGCAGAUCUACCCUACUUUGGCCCCCUCCUUCCCAAGAUUGCGAAGGAGAGAAUGCGCAAAGAUGCGCAGGGUUUCUACCAUUGUAAUGAACGCUUUCUUCCUCAACCCUCACGUUAUGUUGCUAUUAGGGACACAGAAGAUACGCAUUUCGCCAUUAUCGACAUUACGCAUGGGAGAAAUACAGUCCUUGAAGAGCUGGAGGCUUCACGCGCUUUCUUCACAAUAUACGAGGGCGGGAUCUUCCUGCAUCAAGGAAAUACGUAUCUUAUCAAAGAAUUCAGCCAAGAGCGCCUGAUUGCCAAAGUUGAGUUUGUUAAAGUUGACUGGACGACGCAACAGCGCGAUUUUACAGACAUCGACCCCAUUGAAACAGAAGCUAUACGCCGUAUUCCUGGCUCGUUAUCGAAGGCGUAUUACGGUCCUAUCAAGAUUCAGCAAGUCGUCUUCGGCUUCUUUAAGGUCGAUAAGAAAGGCCGGAUUUUGGAUGCUGUGCAAGUGGACAAUCCACCCAUCAUCCUUCAUUCGAAAGGCAUGUGGCUCGAUGUGCCUAAAUCUGCUUUCGACAUUCUGAAAUCGAGAAGGUUGAAUAUCGCAGCAGCGAUCCAUGCCGCCGAACAUUCAGUCCUUUCCUUGAUGCCUAACUUCGUCAUCAGCAUGCCGGGCGACGUUCGAACAGAAUGUAAAGUCGCGCUAAAGGAAUUCGCGAAAAAGGAAACAUCGCGUAAGCGGCCAGCUCGCCUUACAUUCUACGAUGCAAAGGGUGGCGCUAGCGGAAGCGGCAUCAGUACCAAAGCUUUCGAGUUCAUCGAUACCCUGCUAAAGCAAGCUUGUGAGAGACUGCAGGCUUGUCAGUGUCUCGAGGGAUGUCUAGAAUGCUGUUGUGACGAACGCUGUAAAGAGAUGAAUCAGGUGAUGAGUAAAGCGGGAGCCCUUGUUGUCGUCAUGUGUUUGUUGGGUAAGGCGGACGAAAUCGAUGUUGAUGCGUUGCCCUGGGGCGAAGAAGAUACGGUGCCGGCGGGGAUUGAGACUGUGGUACCUGCGGAUGAGGGUUUCAAAGUCGAAGUGGUUGUAGUUACGGCGCAACACUUGCCCUCUUCGCUUAAGGCUGAUUCCAGAGUCCACUAA